CGUCAUCAUGAGGACUGGGUGGAGGAUGGCGCUGCUGGUGCUGGCGGCUGGGGUGGUGUCAAACGCUCAAAAGACAACAACAAAGACAAACGGCACAGUCUGGGACCGACCCAUCUCAUUCAGCACCAAGAGCCGUGACUCCUGCACCAUGGUGGUGAUUGUAGCUGGGGACCAUACCAGGCUCAGGGUCUCCUGUAAGGGCCCCAGCCCACCCCAGACCCAGCCUCAGACUCGCUCCUACUACUGCGACUUCCAGGGGAAACCCAACCUGUGCAGAGCCUACAACACCAACCCCAGACACUACUUUACUCAGAUGAUGUGGGACAUGAGGAAACUGAACCAUGCCUGCCAGGGACCCAGUGUCUACAGACCUCUGAUGUGUAAGAAGGGGUCGGAUGAGGCUCAGAUGACCUUUCUGGCCUCCUGGCCCAAGCACACCACUCCUAAACCGGCUAAGACAGGCCAGGUCCAGCGCAAACCAGCCCCAGCCCAGCCCAAGGUCCCCAAGGUCCCCAGCAUCCCCCGCCCAGUCAAGCCCCAGCCCCAGCCCCAUCCAGGGAAGGGAACCGUUGGGAAGAAGCCCACCUCCAGGCCCACCUCCAGGCCCACCACCAGGCCCACCACCAGGCCCACAGAGCAGGGCGAGGCCAAAGCAGCACGCCUGGCUAACGAGUACUGCUGGAAGAGCUUCCAUGGGAUUUGUACCUACUUAAUCAGCUGGUUCCAGAACUGA